CAGAUGGACCCAGAGAGACAUGCAUCCGUGUGGUGUACAUCUAUCCAAUCGAUUGGAUUCUCACCUGACAAAGGGGCAGAUGCUGGCAACGUGACAACAAGAAACAACGUGUUAAACUGUUCAAGGUAUCAGGAAUACGUGCAUGAGCAGCCCAGAAUUAAUUCAAGUUCGGAGACCGAGGUAGUGAAUGUUAUUGAGCCCAAAUGCUGUUUUUCGUGUGAAACGCAGGCCAGCUCAAAGCCAGGGAUAGAAAACUUCUAUUUAGGCAGUAGCAAGCCAAAGGAGAUGACAGCCAUGGACACUGAUGACCUAUCCCAGCUUGUUGGAGCUUUGAAUGAGGAUGCUGUUAUCAAGUUGCUGCAAAGCAGAUUUAAGAAGGGGCUUUACUUUACCAAAGUGGGUCCAGUGCUGCUACUUGUUAAUCCCUGUGAUACUGUGUUACCUCCCCAUCCUCUGGCGUGUUCAACCAUCAGAGGGCAAGAGUAUUUAAAAGAAAUGGUGACAACAGCUGCCGCACAGUUGGCUGAAACUGCCCACACGCAAGUCAUCACACUCAGGUAA